CCAGCCGGUUGGAGCACUCCGCCUCCCAGCUACUAUUGAAACUCCACGUCUGCUACCACUUGCCUGCUGCUUGCUCCCUGGCACACAUUUUGAAUCUGUUUACACGUACCCAUUUGAAACAUGUGAAGACGCAUUUGGAAACUAUGUAGACGUACGACUUUGUUUGCUGUAUCAACGUAGGCCUUUAUAUGCAAUGUAGGCGGAGACCUUUGGAUGCUGUGUAAAUCAGGCAUUUGGAAACUGUGUUAACUUUCUGCAGGUCGUUGCAAAGACUUGAGUUGUUGUUUUUCCCUGUCUGCCAUCAUGAAAACCCGUGUGAUACCUCCUCCCAGGCCCCAGUUUUUCGUCCAACCCUCCUUCAGUCAGAUUCCUUUCACUCCUUCCCCCUACAGUCAGAUCCCUUUUGUCCAAAGCCCUUUUUUGACUGAAGCGUCACACCUGCACCCUACUUUUCUGGACAACCCGCUGCUGUUGCCGAGCCUUCUGCUGAUUCUAGGCUUUACCGGCCGGCACCUCACCACCAACCUGACCACCACCCUCGCCGACAAAGACAGCUUCCAGAGGCUCCUCUUCAACAACCGCCGUACCGUCGACGACAUCAAGUACAACCUCACAAAUAUCAACUAUCAUCACCGACACAAAGGAGCCAAUUGCGAAGAAACCCCGAAUUUGUGUAAAACGCAACAAAUAAGAGAUGAGCCAGACAGCCUUUCCUCCGGGUUCUUGUCUCUUCAGGAAUCUGUUCUCGACCUUCAGAAAACUUUGACCCGCCGCUUGCACAGGAAAGUGCCCCAAAAAGGUGGAGACAUGAACGAAAUCCUCGACCACAUGUUGCUAGACCUGGAGACUCGGAGUAAGGAUCUGGAGAAGCGACAAGCAGACGGGAUGACAAGGCACCUUAGACACUCACAGGAACACCUGAGAGGCUGUAGAGAACCAUUCUUUGUGUUGGGUGGUGAGUGCUUCUACCUGAGCUACAAGAACAAGCUGUCCUGGCACGACGCUAACUCAUCUUGUACCAUGAUGGGCGCUCACCUAGCCGAGCCCGGUAACCUCCGUGAUCUGGCUGCCAUUCUCCAGAACCUGCCUACCAAGUUAAAGCGGUGGUGGGUGGGAGGUUCUGACGAGGCUCAGGAAGGAGACUGGCGGUGGUUGUCGGGUCGACCAGUGAGUAGCAGUGACUGGAGGGAAGGUCAGCCCAGCAACAUCAGUCUAACCAAUGACGUGCAGGAUUGUCUGGCCCUGGCGAUGGUGAAGACCCAAAGCCCUCCCCUCGAUGAUUACUCCUGCUGGAAAAAGAGGGCCUUCAUCUGUCAGCAGGACCUGGAAUAGCUUGUGUUUUCUUCUCAUUGCUUAACGUCUUUCCCUCUUUUAUUUUUUCCAUUUUAUUAUCAUCUUCGAUGACUGUUCCUGUUGCAGGUAGAUGGAUUUCAUCUGUCAGUUCACUUCGAGUGUUGACUUAAAAAAAUAUUUCCUCUUUUUCAUUUCUUCUUUUAUUAUUAUUUACUUGAACUACUUUUCUUGUUUGAAGAAGACGAUGGUCUUCGUCGGUUAUCCAGAUGCCCAUUGCUCACCUGGAAUAACCCUUUCUUUUUUUUCCUUUUUUCUUUUCCCUUUUCAUUUUCUUCCUCCAUAAUUUCUCCCGGUGAAAGGGAACUUUCAUCAGCGAGCUGUAUAGUGGCACCUUUCCUUUCCUCUGCGUGCUGAUGCUGUGGCAAAAGCAGCUGCUUUUCGUCCUGUAGCACAUCAUUCCCCUCUACCUGCCUCUGAUAUGAAGCUAGAAAUAAGAGCUGUCAUCCGCUCGAGUUGGUAAUGCAAGUGGGAUGCCGUCGGAGCAAACAAGCUCCGCGAUAUCUAUCCUGCAUUGAGUGCCUGGGGACAUCAAGGACUGUCACAGCCGGGAGACUGCUUUGGCCUGCCUCCGUAUUGACCACACACAGCUGACUCCUGAUUUUUUUUUUUAUGAAGAAGGCACCCCCUCCCCAUUGUGAUAACUGCCUGGUCCCAUUGACUGUUCGACACCACCUGGUGGAGUGUCCCAGUCUCAUGGUUCUCGUAGUAAGCACCUCUCCCAAUGCCGGGUGGGAGACGGGUCUUAGCGUCUCUGGUUCUGGCGGAGGAGUGGGUAGUGUGGGAGGGGACGUCCUCUCCUUCGUGGAGGAAGCCGGUCUUCUACAUAAGGUUUGAGUUUCAUCUAUUCACGUGUUGAAAUGUUUUUUUUUACGAAAGUUCUGUGUUAUUUGUUACUAAGUUUUUUACCUUCCAAUACAGUAUUUGAUUUUAUUAUUUUAAGCCAUUAUUUUUAUCCGGCGACAUAUGACCUAAGCUGUUGCGUCGCCAGGGAUGUAAUUGAUCAAUCAAUCUGCCUCUUCGCGGUAUUAGCCAAGAAAAAAAAAACUUUAUUUCAUAAAUAGCGUAUUCGACUUUACUUUGAUUUUCCAAAUGUUUUAGCAGGUAUUUCUUGAAGUCUUAGGAAAAUAGACAUUCGUUUAUUUGAAGAUACGAUGCAAAGUAGCCAGUAUACUUUUAAAUCUUAAUUUAAGAAAAGAAUAAACAAACGUCUUUAUACUAAGUACGUGUUGUAGAAGACUUCUAACAGAAGAAAGACUAUUUUAGUUAGUGUUUAAGCACUUGAGUGAACUGCCAUAUUGUAAUUAGCUGGUAAGAAAGUAAAUAAAAAUAAAUAAUGA